GGGUUAGGCCGCCCCACGGAACAGGCAAUUAUGACCCACUGGUGGGUCAGGCUGGCGUCAACAUGUUAAAUUAAUAAACCUGAAGUGAUAUUUUAAUACUUGAAGCUGUGUACAGAAGUUUGUAACAAAAUAUACAUUAUGACAUAAUCCAAUUGGUACAGCGAUAUGAAGGUGCUUCAACAAUUUAUGGACAGCACACACUGCGAGCAUAUAUCCAAGAGUAUGAGAAACUAGCUGAAUCUUUGUGCACUGGUGAAAGCCUACCUGAUGGACCAGCUCCAAAGAGUAUGUUAGGUGAAGAGAUAUCACUUCAGCCUGGUGUUAUAUUUGACACAGCUUACUUUGGAAAAAAUUUUGGUGAUGUUCUGAAGGAUGCUAAGGAGAGAUAUUGCCCAGGUGACACAGUGUUUGUUACAUUUGUCAGUGGACAUCCAAGAAAUGAUCCUAUGCUGGAAAGAACAUUUUUAACAAUUGAAAAAAUGAAUCCUUUAACUGGAAACUGGACAGUAAUAGCUACUGAUGCUGACUGGGAAACUAAGUUUCACUGGGUCAGAACGAAUAUAUUGCUUGGACACAGUGAAGCAAUAAUGAGUUGGGACAUUCCUGAAGAUACAGAACCAGGAAAAUAUAGAAUACGACAUUUUGGACAUAGUAAAAGUAUUUUUCAAAAGAUAACUCCAUAUAAAGGAACUUCUAGUCCAUUUAUAAUAAAAAAGAAAUGAAGUUUUGCAAGAAAAGUGUCCAAAAUAAACAAGAAAAGGAUCAUACUUCUUGGAAACCAUUUCUGCAAAUUAAUUUUAAAGCAUCCUUAUCUUCAAAUUGAUUAGUGAUGACCAGACUUUUCAAUAUCAUAAAAUAUUUUACAGUAUGUCUUAUCAUGGAAAAAAAUAGUCAGGAUGUGACCAAAAAUUAAAUUUAAAACUGCUUAGCAUUUAUGAAGAGCCAAGUAAAUUUCAGAAGUUAUUGCUUUAAGAGUACUACCAUUAAUGAUGGUAGAGAAAAAUGUUUGUUAAAUGUAAAUCUUUGAGCAUAGAGUGAAAAAACAUACAGAUCAAUGUAGCAUAUGUAAUACAUGAUUCUGCUAAAUUCAGGAAAUCGCUGGGGUUACCACUGAUACCAAUACCAGUGCAUAAAAGUAUGAAAUUAAUGUGAUUUUAGAACUUCCCAUUUGACAAUGAAUUUAUUGCAAGUUCAUCAUAUUUAGAUAUUGAUUCAUUUGUUGUAAUUCUACUUUGUGCUGUGUUACUCAGAAGCAACCUAAUUUUUUCAAAUGCUACAAAAUUUAAAAUAUUCCAUUUUUCAUCAAAUAUGAUGUUUGAUAAGCUGAUCUAUCUUGAUUUUAUUCAUCCAUUUGCAGAUAUGGUCUUUGUGUGAUGUCAAGAACUUUCAGUGUAGCUAAGUACACUUCUGUAGGUUGAUUUUUCUGAUGUACAAGCUUUUGAUAGGUACCAGUAAUUUCUUACCAGUUCUAACAAGUCUGAAUUGUGAUUUUGUCCCAUUUAAAAGUCAGCAGCAGAACUAUUGACUUAUUAAAUAUACUGCCAUAUUAAUAACAUUUGAGCAUCAGUUAACAAAAAGAUGGGACAUCCUAUCUUGGAUUAGUGUGAUAAUAUAUCUUUUGGAAGCAAAUUUGAUGACUGCACUAAAUUUAAGAGAAUACACUAAAUUUGAGCACCUUAGAAAUGGUAAAAUUUGCAUAUGCUUUUCAAGGCAAUUGGUGAUGAGGCAAUUAGUGUAUCUAAUAAUGAUAUAGUCUCUUGUGUUUGCAAUAGUGUUGCAAUGCACCAAGGAAAAUGUAAAUUAAUGUAACUAGUGAUCAUAAUUUCUAAUGCCUGAUAUAGUGCAAAUUAUCAACUCAGCCUGAGUUUUAUUUAAGAGUUUGAAAAUUUUUCUAAUGAUAAUAUCAUUCCUUCAUGUGUACUGACUGAACUUUAAUCUACUACAAUCGUGUGCAGAACUGAUCUCAGUAACAGCAUAAUAAUGAGCUGUUUUGUGAUACAUUCUAAGGAGCACUUAUGUGUCUCAUUUUUUGUGUUCUUAAUUUCAUGUGAUGCCUUAUGUGUGCAGCAUUUUGUAAAAUAUAUAUAGACUACUUUUUUUAUUAUAUUGUAUGUUUAUACAGUUGGGACAAUAAUUAAUUUUUAUUGUAAUUUUCCAUUAAGCAAUUUAGAAUUCUGUCAUAAUCCUUCAUUUUUUGUGAUUACAUUUUACAUAAACAAAAUCUGCUCUGCAGAAAUCAACAUGCUGAUGCAAAUCCUA